ACAAGGAGGUGGUUUUAAUGUUAUGGCUGAUCGGUGUAUAACGAGUACAGAACAGUUUUAGAUCAAUCACCACCAGAGACUGAUCUUGCCCAGUCUAUCCAAAUGUUCACUGAUUCACUGGUUUAGCCCAGCCAUGGCUCACCAGUUCAGAUGACAAUUGUCAAACACAAAAUUGGUUAAUUGAUCUUAAUAGACAUAAGAUUAGAUUAGAUUCAACUUUACUGUCAUUACACAUGUGCAAGUACAAGGCAACGAAAUGCAGUUUAGCAUCUAACCAGAAGUGCAAUAAGCAGCAAGUGCAGGAUGUACAGUAUCUAUGAUAUACAUUAUUUACAGAAUAUGGGCAGUGGUAUGAACAAGAUAUGAAUAUAUUAUUGAAUGUACUAUAAACAUGAUAUAUAGAUGGGAGUGCUAUAGACAUAAUAUACAGAUUAAGGUGCAGAUUAAGAUUAAGGUGCUAUGAACAUAAUAGACUAAUGUAUACGGUCUAGGCUAUGAACAUAAUAGACUAAUGUAUACGGUCUAGGCUAUGAACAUAAUAGACAGAUGUAUACGGUGUAGGUGGAAAUUAUGAACAAAUGAGAUAUGUACAAAUGAGGUAUGUACAAAUGAUAUAUUAUACUAAGCAGAAAAAGGUUUGUAGUGCAACCUUUACCAGGAGGAGACAUAAAGACAUAAAACUAUUUUUAAAACUAAAUGUGUGACCUGGACACCAGGAACAUUCGUUUGUGAGCAGACAAUAUUUCUAAAGGUUUGGAAUUCAAAAAGUAGAAUCAUGAAUUUUUAGUCUAAUUAAUUUGAGUGGCAACUCAAAGUUUUAUCCUGCUUCUGCCAACCGAAAUAACAUGAAAUUAUUUUUAGGUAAUGUUCUGUUGUUUAAUUUUAUCUUUCACAGAUUUAAGGUAUUAUUGACUUGCACACAAACAGUAAUUUAUUCCAUUUAAUGCUGAUGAUUAAACAAUAGAAACUGUAGCUCUGGUACAAAACACCAAGCAUGUGAGUUGAUUUUACAGGAAUACAUUUGGUGAAAUGUUGUUUGCAUACGUUUUUAUCUGUACAAUUGCAAAUGAUGAAGAAAUAGGUAUUAAGUGAUAUUAAAUACAUUUAACUAAUUCAAUUGUGAUUGUUUUUUAGAUACUGUUUGGUGUUUGCCCUGGCCUACCUUAGCCUCUGCCAGAUCACACGGGUGUACGUGUUCGACUAUGGCAUGUACUCUGCUGACUUCACUGGGUAGGGGUGAAUGUGCCCAUGAUGGUCAUCACACAGAAGAUCACCAGUAUGGCAUUUGAAAUCCAUGAUGGAAUGGCCCGGAAGGAGGAUCAGCUUACUCCAAAUCAAAAGUUGUUGGCCAUCAGGCGGAUGCCCAGUCUCCUGGAGUACUUCAGCUAUAACUGUAACUUCAUGGGCAUCCUGGCAGGCCCCACUUGUUCUUACAAUGAUUACAUCGCCUUUAUCGAAGGCAAACCCUUCCGACACAAAGAACAGGAGAGCAGUCGCAAACUACAGGAUAAGAACAGGCUGAACGACCCUUCUCCUAACAUGGAGGUUAUUCGUAAACUGGCUACCUGCUUCAUCUCUCUGAUGGUCUUUCUUUCCGUCUGCAAAGUCUGUCCCGUGGAACGAAACAUUGACGACGACUUCAUCGCCAAAACCCCUUUCUAUGCCCAAGUGGUCUACCUGUAUCUGUCCAUGCUGACCACUCGGCCCAAAUACUACUUUGUCUGGACUCUGGCUGAUGCCAUUAACAACGCAGCGGGCUUUGGCUUUAAUGGCUACAAUAAUGAUGGAGUGGCGCAAUGGGACCUCAUUUCCAACCUGAGGAUAAUGAACAUAGAGUUUGCCACCAGUUUUAAAGUGUUCCUGGAUAACUGGAAUAUUCAGACAGCACACUGGCUUAAAAGGGUUUGUUACGAGCGCUGUCCUUACAACCCCACAGCCGCCACCUUCAUACUCUCAGCUAUGUGGCAUGGAGCUUACCCAGGCUACUACCUCACCUUCCUCACAGGCAUUGUUAUCACGCUGGCAGCCAGAGCGGUAAGGCACAAUGUAAGACCAUACUUCUUGGGUUCAGCAACACACAAGUUUGUGUAUGAUGUCAUCACAUGGGCGAGCACACAGAUAGCUAUUUGUUACACUGUCGUGCCCUUUGUGUUGCUGUCGGUCGGUCCCUCACUUAAAUUUUACAGGUCAUGGUACUUUUCCAUCCAUAUAGGCUGUGUGUUGUUGGCCAUAGCUCUUCCAGUCAAACCUCGGCACCUGCGACUGAAGGAGCAGCAGAGUUCAGUUUCCUCCAGUUCCGACUCUACAAGCAACCAGAAACUCAAAGCUACAUGAGCCCAGUAUUUACACCUCCACUUUAGCACACUCAACGGCCAGCGCUCCCAUCUGCAGACACAUGUGAAGCGAGUCGGCCAAUGAAACACAGAAACAGACCAAUAAAAACAAACAAGCCCCUGUUUGGACUCAUUCAGUUGGUCCAUACACUGACCUGGGCUCAAAAUGGUGGUACCAGAACUUACUUGGUAAUGACUUGAGGGGCUGGGUUUGAAUCUGACUGAUGGUGAUGUUAAGAUGGGAUAAGAAUACCCUGAUGUAUUGAAUCAUGCUAUUUUUCCUCUAAACCCCCAUCACCACUCUGUUAUUUGUGAGAAUCAGGCAGCAAAAUGUUGCAGGAGACAGAGACAGAAUUAUUUUUAAAAAAGCUCAUGAACUGGAGAUCCUGUAAUAUUACCAAAACACAUUUGAUAUUUAAGAGAGCUGACACUAAGGUUCCAAAAAUAAAUAUUGUGAUACCUAAAAAUAAAAAAUUUACAAUGAUCAUGUUUAAAUAGGGCAGCACAGUGAUGUUGCUGGUACACUUGGUGCCAUAUAGCAACAUGGGUCCUAGCCUUCGGUCACAGUCUGUGAUGGGUUUGGCAGUCUUUCUGUGGGAAACUGUGGGUUUCCUCAGUGUAGUCUGUUUUCCCCCCACAUCCCAAAAUAUGUAUAAGGUGGAUUGGCUACUCUAAAUUGUCGCUAGUUGUAGGUGAGUGAGUAAAUGAGUGUGUAAUCCCUUAUCCCAGUUGUAUUAUGACCUUGUAUCCAGUGUUUCUGGGUCCCACCAGACCAACAGCAGCCCUGACUAGAAUAUAGUAAUGAAAAUAACGAAAUUGACUUAUAAUUGAAACAAAGCUGAACAGUGACCACCUAUUUUUCAUAAUCUUGGUGGAAAAUACGUUGUAUAUACCAUCUAUUCUGAAAUUUAGUGUUUCCUAUGGAUAUGGUUACCUCUCGCCUUUAAAAUCAUUGGCUACUCUAAAUUGUCCAUAGGUGUAAGUGAAUGAUGCUGUGGAAUGAAUUGGUCUUUGAAUAAAAUGAAGUCAAUAUUGAAAAUAAAGAACUAUAAUAAUCUAAAUUUGACAGUUUUUAUUUGCAGUAUUUUCUGAAAAAUGUUCAGAAUCUUGAAAUAAUGAGCUAGCACUUUUGAUUCCAAGGCUGCUGAAAAUGUGGACUGUGGACUGUGGCUGUUUAUCUCUGUGCGGUUUACAAAUGAUUAUUUCCCAAUUUAUACUCUUAUAGACUGUCUAGAGUUUUCUGUUAUUUUCAAGUAUAUGAUUUAAACCCAUAAUAAUAAGGCUGUUCAGUUCUUGUCAUGUCAUAUUUGGAUGAAUUUGUUUUUUCAUUGUUUUCUCAAAACCUUGUCCCUUCUGAUUCCACAUAAAUCAUAGAAAUAGAUUUUUAAACAUGAUUAUUGAUAUGUCAGAGUAUUCUGCACUAAGGAAAAGCUGUGGAUGAGAAAUGUUUGCCCAGUGACAAACCCAACUUUGUAAAUGUGAUUAAAUAAGAACCUUUCAUAA